UUUCCGUAAAACAUAAAUCGCGGUUCGUCGUUAUAGUCCGAUCAUUUCGAAUCAGCACGCUGUCGGUGCGACUAGUGCAUUUUUUUCAUAAUAUUGUAUUUACGAUAAGAGUUAAAAUUGUAUUUUAAUAUUAUUUUAUAUAAUACAUAUUUUAUUCUAUACGGCUAUACUAUUAUUCUAGUAGUUCAGUGGAAGUAACAAGUGAUCAUCUCAGUUCACGAUCGAAAAUAUUAAGGAUAACACCUAACACCACCGUCCAUCAUGUUCGUUCCUUUACUUAUAUUUGUGUCGUUAACGGAUGUUUUCGGUUAUUAUUUAGCUGAUUUGACUAUACCUCGAAACCCGCACGAACAGUCGGGAGACAUUUACGAAAAGUGUUUGUCAAUGAACAAAAUUUUCUACGAAGACAGUUGUUGGGACUUGUUGACUAAAGGACCGUGCGAUGAGGGACAGUGGUUGGUAUUGGACAGAGUGUCAGACAAAGUCCUACUGCGGGAGCCGCGUCCGUUGAGGGCCAAAUGCACGAGACGCCGAUGCAGCGAGUCGGACGUAUACUGGCCCAGGGACGGGUUUUGCCACGACGAGGAAUCUGCCCGGCGUGACCGGUUGUGCGCCAGCUCCGACACCGUGUUGGCCACCGACGAGUACGGCGAAGGGUACUGCAAGUGUCACGACGGUGGCAAAGUCCCCUACGUGCAGGUCGUCUCCGCAAACGACGACGGAAACCAAGACACGCAGCCGUGCUAUCCGGUAUAUUCUAAGGGUGCGUGUCCCAGCAAUCACGUGCUAACACCCCACGGGACCCGGUACGGAAUCUGCACGGUGGACGAGUGCGCCAAGGAACGCCGCCUGACCGAUUCUUCGUCACCGAUGCUGCAGCGGUCGAGUUCGGAGCAACAGAGACGGCAGCCAGUCUCGCUCGCCAGGUGGACCGACGGACAGUGUUACGAAUUGGGUACGCGGGGCCCGUGCACCGGCCACGAGCAGUUCGCAGUACUCCGCGCCACGAUGAGGCCAGAUUGUGUCAGGCUGUCCAUCGAGCUAACAGUAUUACCCAAGACCACGGACCGUCCGGGGUGCAAGACCGACCACUGGGGAAAUUGUGAGGAAGGGGUGGAAGUGUCGACGACGCCGAAUGAAUUAAAAGAUGCAUUGCUUAAGAAUGCCAAAAAGUUCAGUCAAAGGGCACAAAUAAGGCGAGCUAGCAUGCUCGAGGUACGUCGCCAUCUGUUGCAGUGGUAACCAUCGUGCAUAGGUACCUAUACCUAUCAUGUAUACACUGUUUGACCAAGCGUGGUGUAAGUAGGUAUUUAAGAUUUUCAGAAGUGGUAGGAGGGAGUUGGAGAUUAAGCGUGACAAUGGCCGUUGGAUAAAAAAGUAUUUUCUGCUAGAUAUAUUAUGCGACAAAAAAAAAUUAAUUAAAUUUUUUUAAUUAAUUUAUCUAAUAAUAAUUACUUACGUAUAUAAUAUUAUACAGAGUUUUUUAUACAGAACACAAAUUAGUUAAUACUAUAUUUUAUAAAAACAACUCCACAUAUUAUAUUCUUCUAUUUAUAUUAUGGCAGAGUCACAUCAUAUACAAAAUUAUAUUCUGAAGCCUCGCCUAAAAAAAUGUACCCAUGCCUCGCUACACCUUAAGGCUGGCUCUGUGUUGUGGUAUAAUCCUAACCUAUUCCUCCUAAAAAUAAUGGUAUAUAGCUUUACACUAUUGUACAUUUGCACCCAUAUUAUGAUCUCCAGCGCCCAAUAAGCGUCCAUGUCCGACGAGCGUAUGGUGACGUUGCUUGAUGUUGGAAAAUGGUUGGGACUCGGGACCACCAAUAAUAUUAAAAUGAACCUAUUCUACAAAAUAUGGUAUGAUAUUAUAUAUUCAUAUAAUCCAAUGAUUUCAGACUUGAGUUUUGUCGCUAAUAUUAUGAUUAAAAUAUUGCAUGUUCCACUAUUUUCUACACCCUGCAGUAUAAGUGUAUAGCCUUGUACCACUCAGGUUUACCAAUAUCUUGCGCAAGAUAUAUAGGUAAUAGCGAUCUAUAUACUCUAUAGACUAUAUAAUUAGUUGACACCGAACGCGAUACUAUUCAACACUUUAUCAUUGUGGGGCUGUGCGCUACCUAUUAUUAUCCCUCGAGCCUUUAUACUGUAGGUCGUCCUAUAAUAGAAUAUUAUUUACUAAGAAAGCUGUAAAACUAUAACAAAAUAAAAUUAUACACGUUGUAAACGGGUGACUUUUUACUAUUAUAUAUAAGAUACCCCUUCCGUCACGCAUGUUUGGUAUACCUAUUUAUUAGUCUAUACACAAUGGUAAAGUGUGAUUUUAUGAACACUAGGGCUAUAUUAUCUUGAAAGAUUUAUGUGAUUUCAUUAAUGCGAUUGGGUUUUCUCAUUUUAAAAAAUAAGUAGGUAGGUACCUACGAAUAUUUGAUCACAUUUACUUUUUAGUAUAAUUAUAGUUUAAUAUUAGUAUACAUUUAUACUUUUCCAUGAUUUUUUUUAAAUUUUAUUUAUCUAUAUAUUCUUCAUCUUUAGACCGAUUAGUUACAAGUAUAAUUGUAUAAAUGUUUUACAAAUAUAAAUUUAGUUAAAAAAAAAAACAAAUUCAAAAUAACUGGCAUUAGAAUAUUAUUAUUAUUAUUAUUAUUAUUACUACUAAAUUUUUCUAUUCGUUAAAAUUAAAAUGUUCAACUCGUUAUUUUUCGGUUUAAAUAAUCUUCUGUUACAAUAAUAUUAUUAUGUAUUACACAUCUGUACAUAUUUUAUAAUGUUAUAAAAGUAAAAGCAUAUUAUUGUCUAAUA